CAUCACAAGCAGAUCCAACGGCCUAUAUUUCACUAUCUACUAGCUUAUUUUUCUCUCUUUCGUCGCUUUUCUCCACUCCUCUCUCGCCCCCCUCUACUGCCCGAAACCCAGCAGCGACCGCCGGCGCAUCUCACCCCGGGCCGAGGCCGGCGAACUCCGAAGGGAAUCGGAGAUGCAGCAGGGCGAUGGCACGGAGGCGCAGGUGACGUGGGAUGACCAGCAGAACAUCAACCGGUUCGGCCGCCUCAACAACCGCCUCCACGAGCUCGCCGACGAGAUCAGGCUCGCCAAGGAAGCAAACGAAAACCUCGAGGAUGCUGGGAAUGAACUCAUCUUGUCUGAUGAAGAUGUGGUGCGAUUCCAAAUCGGGGAAGUGUUUGCCCACAUGCCAGUGGACGAUGUGGAAGCUAGGCUAGAGCAGAUGAAAGAGGACGCAGCUAAGAAGCUGGAGAAGCUGGAGGAAGAGAAGGAAUCCAUCCUUGCCCAGAUGGCCGAACUGAAGAAGAUCCUGAAAGCGAAAUUUGGAGAUGCCAUCAACCUGGAGGAAGAUUGAUGUCGAGGACCGGAACUGCCUUUUUAAGUGUCGAGUCGCAUGACACCUGUUCUUGUUCAGGUGUUUUGUUCGCCUCAUUAUAUUGUUUCGUGUGAUGCUGGCUAAUGUAAAAUGUGAGUUUUAAGUUCUAGAGGAUUGUUCCCCGUUAUGCAUUUGCAUGGUUGAUCUUGGGUUCAGGCUGAUUGUCCAGCAGAAGCCACCGGGAGUUUCCGCAAAUGGUCACUCCAGAUACCAAUGAGGGGACCUUUGCAAUGUUUUAAGCUAGUGAGAAUGGUUUGAACCUGCAUGAUUGUAUGAGAUGAAGUCAUUAGGCUUUACAUGGAAUUUUCUUCA